AAGAUGUCUGGUCGCGGCAAAGGCGGCAAAGGCUUGGGCAAAGGAGGAGCCAAGAGACAUCGGAAGGUGCUCCGCGACAACAUCCAAGGCAUCACGAAGCCGGCUAUCCGCCGUUUGGCUCGCCGCGGAGGGGUGAAGCGAAUCUCUGGCUUGAUCUACGAAGAGACCCGUGGCGUGUUGAAGGUUUUUCUCGAGAACGUGAUCCGCGAUGCCGUGACUUACACCGAGCACGCCAAGAGGAAGACCGUGACCGCCAUGGACGUGGUGUACGCGCUGAAACGCCAAGGUCGCACCUUGUACGGCUUUGGGGGCUAAUUAAUUCUACACAAAAAAAGACAACAUAACGGCCCUUUUAAGGGCCACCCACAAUUUCAAAAAAAAGAGUUGUAGCAUAUACAAAUAUAUUUUUACUAAGUGGGAAUAACUAGAGACUCAUUUGGCAAAAAAAACCCCUACUUGGAGUAAAUAGCUAUGUAAGUAAGAUUAAAAAAAAGCUGCUUUAUU